UACACUACACACUACACAGACACACAGUGUACACUAUACAAUACACACUAAUACACACUACUCGUUCUGAACUUCGAUUUUUUGUCUUAUUGCCCUUGCAGUUUUCCUGUGAUCAAAAUCUGGAAUCUUGUAUCGUUUAAUUAUAAUAGUCUUCCCAUUAAUUAUAAUAACGAUCGCUAGUUUAUUCUAACUUGCAGACUAUUGGUGUCAUUUGCGUUUUUUAGAUCGAGUCGUACUCGGCAUUUAUUGAUAUCGUUCUAAUCCAUUCGGCCAUUUUUACCUUAUUAAUCUAUACGUCAAGUUUUCAUUGCCUUCUACAUAACAAAACAUAUAAAUAUACUGCCACCAUUUUUUAAGAAAACGGAUUGUUAAACACCGCCAAAUCUCUAAUUGUCGAUAAGUGGUUUGCUUAUUUGACGACAUAAUGGAAGAAGAUUACAAUUUCGCCGAAGGUCAAUAUGUCUAUGUAUACUUUGAUAAUUUACUGUAUGAAGCUAAAUGUAUGAAACGACGCAAGACAGACUAUGGAGAGAAUCAAUACUUUAUUCAUUACAGAGGAUGGAAGUCAUCUUGGGACGAAUGGAUAGAUGAAAAUGAAGCACUGGAAAUUAAUCCCAUUAAUUGUCGUCACCGAGAAAGACUACAGGAGAAUUUUGAUGCAAAACAAAAACUCAAGGACACCAAAAAUAAAAAUAAAAUUGCAAAACCUAAAAAAAAUAUUAAUAUAUCUUCUUCAAUAAAAAAAAGAGGUCGACCAAGAAAAGUGGUGACUAAGAAAAAUAUUCCAUGUCCACGUUCUGUAAAGAAUAAGAAAAAACCUACUACCUUAGUCGUCAAAACUUCAUCACAAAAAAAAGGCAAAUCUAAGAAAGAAGCAAGUAAACCUAAAAAUAACACUAUUGAUAAAGAAGUCGAGGACAAAAUCAAAUCUACCAAUAAUGAAAGUAUUCCUAGUACUAGUACUAUGGAAAGCAAUAUUAAAACAACCGAAAAUAUAAUAUCACAUACAAACAAAACUGAAAAACUUACAAAUGAAAUAAUAGAAAAUAUUAGUGAAACUAAACCAAGCCAGUCCAUAGAUAUUGAUAAUUGUAACAAGUUUCAACCUGAAUAUGAACCAGUUCAAAAACGUCUUAAAACUUGUAUUGAAAAUUUAACUAAAGAGUCGCAAGAUAAUACCAGCAACAUAUCUGUUAAUGCUACAGAAAAUAUUAAAGAACAAGUUGAAGAACAAAGUUUAAUUUCUGGACCAAGCCAUCCCGUAAAUGUUAAUAAUACCAGCAACAUAUCUGUUAAUGCUACAGAAAAUAUUGAACAAGUUGAAGAGCAAAGUUUAAUUUCUGGACCAAGCCAUCCCGUAGAUGUUAAUAAUACCAGCAACAUAUCUGUUAAUGCUACAGAAAAUAUUAAAGAACAAACUGAAAAAGACUAUGCUGCUAUUUGUGCUGUUUCUGAAAUUUAUUUAAGCAUCAUUCCAUUUUCAAAGCGUCUUAGUAACAAAUUACGUUUUGGUAUGAUAUUACCAAAAAAAUUAAAGGACUUAGUUAAGAAUGAUUGGAUUAUGAACUAUCAUCACCUAAAGAUGCCUAAGUUUGAAGAUAAUCAAUAUGUAGCAAAUGUUGCAUAUACUUUUACUGAAUCAUAUAACUUUGCAGAUGAUAGCCAAAAGAAAACUUCAAUGAAGUUAUGUAUAAGAUUAUUGGAAUAUUUUAACUCAAUUGUGCACUCAGAUAUUGCAUACCAUACCGAAAUAAAGAACUAUAUUCAAUUUAAGGCAAUCACUUAUUUUCGGGAUAGAUUAAUUGAUCAACCGAACAAGAUUUAUGUUUUAAAAGAACACAUAGUACCCAAAAAAAUUUGGUGUUAUUUGUAUAGUCCCAUAUAUCUAUUAAGACUUCUUGUGAAAUUUCCGUUUCUUUUAUUAAAAAACAAAUGGGAACCUGAAUGCGAAAUAGAAUUCAUUGUUCAAUAUUUUAAUAAAAUGUUACAAUUUUUGGAUGAUAAUUUUGAUACUUAUUUCUCUGCGAUGGAGUACACGAAAUAAUAAAUUUAUAAAAAAAAUGUAAAUUAUGUGCAC